GGCCUCAUUUCUGGUGAAGAGACGGUUAGGGAAGGCUGCAGUACCCAGGAGCUAGUGUCAAUGCAUCAUGGCGUCCAUUCAAAGCUUGCUUAUCCUGGUGUCUACAUUUGUCAUCCCUCUCGCCGAGGGCUCGCAUUUCCGAGGGGGAACCAUCUCUUGGCUGCCUCUGGACGCUCCUUCCGAAACUUCCGCCGUUUUUAGGUUCAACCUUGGCUGGAAGAAGACGAGUGCGACCGGAACCGGAUGUGACACAGCUGCUCUCCAGGGUCAAACCCUUGUCACGACCAAUGAGGACCCCUGGGAGUGCGUGUCCGGAUGUGCGUCAUCCGGUACCGUCUUUUUGGCCAAUCAGGACUACUACUGUACCGAAUUCAACGUAGGUCAAAACUGGGCAAAGGCUUUCAACUCCUUCGCUCACGAUUUUAGAUCCACAGAGGACACAUACGUCGUUGGCUAUGAAAGUUGCUGCUGGCUGCAGAUCCAGAAUCAGCAGACGGGAGUCUUUCACAACCCCCUGAUUUCCUUGAGGACGACUGUAGACCUCGGGUUCAGGUCAGACACCGGCAAAGGCAACCACGCUCCAGCCACCAGCAUGCAAACAACCAUUCGUGUCACAAACGGGUGCUUGGCACCGGACUACCCCGCGGGCAAGCUGGCUGUGGCGGACAUCGACGGAGACACGGUGAAAUGCCGCUUCGCUCAGGGAGCGACGGAGUGCGGCGAGGCGUGUGACCAGUUCCCCGGCCUGGUACUGAACGAGGACUGCUCGUACUCGUACAACGGCCCGGCCUCCAUCACCAUCAGUUCGGGGACUUCUCUGUUCUUCGUGGUUGCCGUCAUGGUUGAAGACUUCCCCGUACAGACCAUCUUCCGUCAUAACCAGGAAGUCCCGACAACACAAGCCCUCAGCAGCGUACCCCUCCAGUUCCUGAUAGAAGUCAAAAAUGACCCUGGUGUCCUCUGCGGCUCGGAGCCCAUACUGACCGGUGCCACCCCGGCCCAGGACACCUGCCUGCCCAUCCCGGACAGUGUCGAGUACACCAUGACUGUCGAGGCUCAGCCUGUAGCACCUGCCACCCUUGCAGAGAUUAAUGUUCUCGGACCAAAGGGCAUGACGAAGAGCGCCCUGACCGUCACUGGUGACAUCUCAUCCACAACCAUCACGUGGACGCCGGCGCCCGGUCAGCGCGGACCCCACAUCGUCUGUUUCUACGCCGAGGACUCCAACGCAGUGCAGUCGGACAGGACAUGCGUCUCUCUCAUGGUCGGAGGGAGCAUCACCCCGCCUGCUGUCGAUGCCCCCACGCUGAUCCCUACACCCGGCACGGCCCCGACAGACUAUCCCUGUGACACGACCCUCCGGUUCAGCGCCACGUUCGACCAGCUGGUUCUACCGCCGACUUCUGACACCUUCAUCAUCUUCUACGACUCCACCAACGCGGAGUUCUACAAACACAACACGAAGAUUCCCGACGGGCAGCCCGCGCCGGCCCAGUCCAACACCUACGUUUUCGACGUGCCGGCCAACACCUUCCAGCCGCUGGGCACCUACACCAUAGCCAUGCAGACGGGCGCGCUGGAGGGGGUGACGGGGUGCGGGGCCGGGGCCGGCGUGCAGAGCGACGCGUACGAGACCGCCGGAGGCACCUGGAGUUUCACCUGCAAGUUCUACGUCCCCGCGCCGGUCACCACCGCCCCGCCUGCUCCACCUCCAGCGACCACGGCAGCGGCACCCAGCGCGACAGUGCGGGUCGUCGGCACGCCAGCCCCGGGCGCGCUCCCCACCAUGCCCGUCACCGCUAUCGUGGUAACCUGUUCUCCUACCAGCAUCACGGUUACAAUUCCGUUGUCUGAGAUUACCGGCGUGAACGCAGCUGAUAUCCGGUACCGGAGUGCUCCAUGUUUACCGGUGGUCUCCGGAGACUCCGUCAGCAUCACUACCGGAUUUCAGGAGUGUGGCACUACCAUGACGACCCAGGGAGACGAGCUUGUAUACGAGAAUGAGAUCCAUACAGAGUUUGCAAGCACCGCCAUCCGAGGCAACAGUGUGGAUGGAAAGGUUGAGUGUGCGUACGACAGUAACACGGUGGUGACCGGGAAACGGUUCAGCGCGCUGAUGGGGUCCGUAUUCGGCAGGAGGAGCAGCGGCCAGUUCGAGUUCUCCUUCGACUUCUACACCGACAACACCUUCAGCACGGCCUUCACCAGCUAUCCCGUGUCCUACCAUCCUAACCAAGAGAUGUUCAUCGGCGUCCACCUAGUCUCGACCAACACGGACCUCGUGCUUUUUGCGGACAACUGCAAGGCGACACCCGGAGUCGAGUGGGACAGCUCGCCCAGUUACACCAUCCGCGAGAACGGCUGUAACGUAGACCCUCUCCUGACCUGGUACGAACCGGCGGACGCUGCCCGAGCUGCACGGGAGGAGAACUUCGGCAUCGUGGUGUUCCGCUUUGCGGACUACUCAACGUUGUAUAUCCACUGUGACGUGGUGGUGUGUGCGGCAGCCGAUACCAGCUCGUACUGCGCCACCGCGCCCGCGAGCUGCGGCACGGGUAGGAAGAGGCGAGACGCGGACGUGAUGGACAAACUGCACCGCUUCGAGGUGACCAGCGGCCCGGUCAAGAUCAUCAGGGACGACGGAGGACAUAAUAACAACCGUCAAGCCCAUGGCGACUGGAAAGAGGCGUUUUCGGCGGUUGUGUCCCCUCCCGUGCUCGGGGUCCUGAUGGUGUGCCUCGGGGUGAUCUUCCUGUCGGCGGCGGUGUCCUGUUACUACCUGCGCCGCUACCAGCAGCUCUACACCACGGUGUUCGAGACCGACCACUUAAAGCCGUCUAUACUCUCAUAGACACUAAAGUAUCGUUGUACACUCUGCCAACAAACAACUUCGUAUUGUCAUGAGUUGGCUGUACUAGCGGUGGAAAUUAAUUGAAAUAUUAUAAGAAAUUUAAUACAAAGGCUCCUUCGUCUAUGACUUUGUGAUGAACGUCCAAAGAUUCAUAUAUUGAAAGAUUUACAUGUACUUGUGACAAGAUCAUAUGCAUAUCAAUAAAUGGGCAAAGAAAUCGA